ACUUGGUCUGUGCGGGAGAAGUUCGUUGUUGCGCGGGGGAUCAGCGCGCAGAUGUAAACAUUCGUGUUUCCUUUGGUUUGACCUAAAAGCCGCGAGAUGAUAAUUUAGUGAAUCGUUUGCGGUCUUACGAUGACUGACAUGGAGGACAAGGUCCAGAAGUCCGCGAACAAGAAGUUCUGCAGCGUGCCAGACUGCAAAGGACAAGGGGCGAGCAUGUUUCAUAAGUUUCCCUUGGACGAGGCCGUCAAACGAAAGUGGAUUGAGACAUGUCACAUAACCAAGCCAGUCACCACUAAUAGCUAUAUUUGCAGCUCACAUUUUUCCGAGGAGGACUACUCCUGUUUGAAACCCAAGAGACUGCGGAGAUUUGUUGUUCCGUCAAAAAAAUUGAUCCACGAAGAGCCUGAUUUUGAAGAGUUUGAUCCUGAAAAGGAGAUAUCAGGCGCCAAACAAAAUGAUCCAGGGGCUGUAUUACCUACGUUUGUCAAAGUAGACAUUCUUUCUCAUAAGAUGCAUGGUGAUGCAAAAACUGCUGCAGAAGUUUUAGAGUUAGAGAAGCCAACAAUAGGUCAAUUCAAACAGAUCAAAAGAGUAUGCUGUAUAUCAGAUUGCCAUGCAAAAUCAUCGCAAAGAACGUUUUUUCAUACUUUUCCAAAACUUAAAAGGAUUUACCAACAAUGGUAUACAGCUUGUAAUUUAAGUGGACCUGUGAAAUAUCCAUUAUUUGUGUGCAAUUCUCAUUUCAGAAAAGAAGAUUACUUGAAUCUGGAUUCAAAGACGCCGAUUUUGAAAAGUAAUGCUAUUCCAUGCUUGAACAUGCCUAGAAAACCAAAGUUUAGAGUGGUGUUUAAAGAAGAAAACAAUGAGAAAGAGACAUCUAUAACUGUCGCAAAAGAUGGCGAAGACAAGGAGAAAGUAACUACAAUUAUUUAUGUCCCGAAAAAUUGUAAAAGCGUAGUUGCAGCAGAUUCUGAGCCAGUUCAAGUUGUAAAAGCUCAAGAUUACAAAAAUAAGUCUAUGCCGAAAAAUGCUUCCAACGUUCUACAAAAUCAAAAUCCUAUAAAAACAGCUACUCAGCAAGAAAAAGUUAUUGUAAAAAUACAAAGUAAUGCUAUUACUAAGAACCAAAGUAAAGUAGUAGUACAACAAAAACAGAGUACAGACAAAGAGGAACAGCCUAAUACAAGUGAUAACGAAGUAGAAAUUACAAGUGUGCUUAUAAAAAAUGAUUCUCAUCAUCAUAAGCCUAACAGUACAGUAAGAACAAAAGAAGAAAAGAAAAAUACUGUACCAAAGUACCUUCAAGUUGCUAAUGAACGAAUUAAAAAAAAUGUAUCAGCUAUAACCUUGUGUGCUGAUUGUGGUCAGUACACAACCGUUAGCGACGAAGAUUUGAUAGAUAUUAAGAAAAAUCCCGAGACUUUAGCAGCUGAAGCUCUAUUAGAGUUACAAGAAGUAAAUCCACCAAACGAGGAUGAACGAACAGUGAUCACAAGAAAAGGAAUUGAAAUCUGUGAUAGAGUAAUUCGAAAGAAACGUUUUUCCUUGCUAGGUUUAUUGAAUAAUGAUUUGGAGCUAAUGGCCUUUACUGGGAUCAAUAUAGCACUACUGGACAGAUUAGCAAACGCGGUGACAUCAGCAGAGGGUCCCAAAUGUGUAGCAAAAAUCUCGCAUCCUCCUAGAGAAAGGAUAGCUCUGUGUCUUUGUAAACUACGUACUAAUUUAUCGUUUCGCUCGUUAGCAGCUAUGUUCGGAUUAACGCAGAUCGUUUGUUCAAGUUAUUUUUUCGCAAUGGUGCGAACGCUAGCUGGAAUAUUGAAGCAUACGAUAUAUUGGUCAAAAACUGAAGAAUUACUGAAGAAUUUGCCCGAAGCCUUUCAAUCGUUCAAACAGACCAGAGUGAUAUUGAAUUGCACUGAAGCGGAAAUUGAAAAGCAGAGGUGCCCGAAGUGCAAAUACGAACUGUUAGAGAAGAAGAUAGAAUAUGAAUCGGUGAAAUUCGUACUAGGCGUAGCCCCCAACGGUUUGGUGAUUUUCAAAAGUAAGACUUUCGAUGCCCAAGGGGAGGACACGUCCGUGUUCACACAAACGGCACUCUUAGAAAGCCUAGACCCGAUGAAAGAGGCAAUAAUGGCAGACAACAGCUUGAAUAUCGAGGCCGAAUGCGUAGAACGUAACAUUACGCUGAUAAAAGCAUUGAGGCUCGAGAAGAAUAAGCAAUACAGUGCGAAAGACGUUGAGUUGAUAAAAAACGUAUGCGCUGCUCGAGUUCACGUGGACAGAACGCUUCAGAGGAUAAAAAUGUACAAAGUUCUUCAAACGAAAAUUUCUUGGAGACUUCUGCCCUACCUGGACGACAUUUGUACGAUAGUUGCAGGAGUGGUUAAUUUGAAAAAUCCUAUUCUCCCGGACGACGUGCACUUGGCGCAGGCUGGACUGAAGGUCUAAGAAAUCGAUUCUUCGUGCACAUACUUAGCUUAAGGUAUUUUUUUUUUAUAAAAAAGAAGAUGUAUAUAAACGCAUAAAAAUUGUUGCGAUUGAAACGUUGACAUAUAGAGUUUUAAUAAUAUUAUUAUAUGAAAAAAGAAGACGAAUCGAAGUAUCGAAAUCCUUUUUUUAUUGUUUUCUAACAUAAUGCGUAUGAGAGAUCUGUAUACUAGUGAGACUGUAUCCACGCCGUAUCCAACCACCGUAUGCAUUAUGUAACAGCAUAAUUUUCGUUCAAAGUGUUUUUCCAAUCAAUAAAACCCGUUCAUUCCUGUA